GAGCUCUUGGCUUGCUCAAUAGUAAGGACCGGACAUACAUUAUCCUAUAUAAGUGGUCAGCUCAGCCAAAAGAUCUCAGCAAUCUCUGGGGACGUCAGAACGUGAAAAUGAGGGUCCUACUGUUCCUGGGUUUGAGUGUGGCUCUUCUUUACUCGAUGGUCUUUGCUGACCACCACGAGGGUGAAGGAAAGAAAUCUGGAGACAAAGACGACCAUGAGAACAAAGGUGACCAUCACCAUCAUCACCAUGGUCACCGCCACCAUGGUCACCGCCACCAUGGCCGUCACCAUGGCCGCCACCACCAUGGCCAUCACCAUAGGCACCAUCACCGUGGCAAUGAAACAUUGGCCUGCCACAAAUUAGCAAUUAGCAAUUCCAAUUUUGCAUUUGACCUCUAUAGGCAGGUAGCAGCAGACCAUCCAUCAGAAAACAUUGUCCUGUCCCCAGUAAGCAUAUCUGUAGCAUUGGCUUUUCUAUCCCUUGGUGCCAAUGGCGAAACCCAUGACCAGAUCUUAAAAGGCAUUGGCUUCAACACCUCUGAGACUCCCAAGAAAGACAUUCAUGAUGGCUUCCACCAUCUGCUGGAAGUGUUCAACGAUGAGGACAGUGAGUUUCAGCUUGACAGUGGGAACGGCCUUUUCUUAAGUCAGAAAUGGAAAUUCCUUGACGCCUUUCUCGAAAAUGCCAAGAACAUCUACGAAUCCGAAGCCUUCAAUGUAGACUUUUCUAAUUCUGAAGAGGCCAAGAAACAAAUCAACAGCUACGUUGAAAAGGAAACAAACGGCAAGAUUGUUGAUGUGCUGAGCAGCGUGGACACGGAUGCAGCCUUUGUUCUGGUCAACUUUAUUUAUUUUAGAGGGCAAUGGGAAAACCCUUUUGAUGGUCAAUUUACCCAAGAAGGAGAUUUUCAUGUGAAUAAGGACAAGACUGUGAAGGUACCUUUCCUGUCUAGGACUGGCUAUUACAAAGUUGCGUCCUCGGAUGAUGCCACCAUCGUAGCCCUCCCCUACAAAGGGAAUGCCUCCGCGUUGUUCAUCCUCCCCAAUGAAGGCAAACUGGAAGAAGUGGAAGCUAACUGGAAGGGUCUAGUGAAGAAAUUUAAAAGGUCCAACAGUGAAGACCUUGUAGAUUUGAGCAUCCCCAAGUUUGACAUUUCUGGUUCCUUCGACCUAAAAGAACUUCUGCCUAAAUUCGGAAUAGUUGAUGUGUUUUCAGACAGCGCGGAUCUUUCUGGAAUCACUGGGGCGACGGACCUGAAAGUUUCAAAGGCGGUUCACAAAGCGAAGAUCAACGUAGAUGAGAAGGGGACGGAGGCUGCUGGGGCCACGGUACUGGAGGCCGUUCCAAUGAGACUUCCUCUGCAGAUUACUCUGAAUCGUCCCUUCUUACUUUCUAUUUAUAACCACGAAACCAGAAGUAUUCUCUUCAUGGCUAAAGUUGUAGACCCAGCAAAAUAAAUUCCCUGAUCUUGUCCCCGCUGUACCUUCAAUAAAGAUUAUUCUUUGGCUUAACGCAA